AAGCCAAGACGAGGCCCAUCGCUACUGAUGCCAGUUUCUCCACCGACAGAAAACACACACAGCCGCCUCGAAAUCACUCGUGCCGAUCCCGGGGUGCUUGGCCACCACCGGCCAGUCCCCGGCUGCAGUCCAGGGAGAGCCAUGUCUGUUUGGGACAUCGAAGUCGAGGAAGCCUCGUCAGAGGUCGCCCACGGUCCUUGGUAUCUGCUGGAGAAGGACACAGACGGAGCUUCGUCAGAGGAUGCCGAGACAGGGAAGCUGCUCAAGGACAGUGAGGAUGACAGCGAGGACGAAGAAAAACUUGAUUUCUUUAAGAGCGUGGUCGGCGGCGAACGGAGCAGAAGUCGUGACGUCGAGAGCUUCCAGCGGUCUCCGCAACCCGAAGACAAACGCAGCGGUCGCCACCACAGCCUGCUGGAGCUCGCCUAUGACGUUGCUCCUGACCUCUUGCGCUGCGCUUUCGACGCCGGGUAUGUGUACCUCCUCACUUUGCUCGUGGAGGGAACGCCGAGUGAGGAUUGGGCCCUCCCCCAAAUGUUGUUCGGCGUUGAGAUCCCGGUGGUGAUCCUGUCGAGGGCCCACCUGUACGUCGCCACGGCUCGGCUCAUGUCCUGGUCGGUGGCCAAGCUGCGCGCAUUCAAGGAGGGCCUGGCCAGCUGUACGCUGUUCCUGCUCGUGCUGCUGCUCGCGGUGCUUCUGCUCAGCGCCGGAAGCACCCACGUGCUCUUGCUGGUGCAGGGCAUCAAGGGACUGCUCGGGCGCUUGGCCAUGACGGCGUGGCUCUCGACCUACGAAGGCUGCAACAAGUACCUCGUCUGCCGGCCGCACAAGCGGGACCCGAAGAGCUGCACGCUUCCCACGUGGUGCCGCGUGUCCCGCAACAGCACGACUAGCGACGCGCUCUGGAGCGAUGCCUUCGUGUACGAGAUGCUUGCCAUGUCAGAUCAAGGCCAGCUGAUCCAGAUGAUCAAGGAGAUGCACGGGGAGUCCCUGGAGUACUUCGCACGCCUCUACGCAUUCGCCACAUGCGCCUGGGCGUUCGCUCUCGGCGCUGCCACGUGGGCGGCCGCCAAGAUGCAAAUGACGAUGUACGCCGACGUCGUUUUCGCCUGGCGCGUCUUCGCGCACCACGCGCAACGACAACUGGACGUCCGAGCCACUCGAACGGACGCCCUCCGCACGGCGGGGGCGCUGCGAUCGAUCGUGUACGGAAAGCCUACGCGGCCAGACCCCAUUCUCAUCCGCGUGCCCUCGCCACCCUGCGGCUGGUUGCUGUGGUGAUGAAAUGACGGACGCGUUGUUACGCCACUGUUCCCUUUAGUGGCGUGGACCAUCUUCAAAGCGAUUACAAAAUUAGGUAGCGUUGGGCGAACAUCCAAGCAUUGUUGUUUGCGGUUUCAAUUCCUCGCCGCCGUGGCUGCGAUCCGAUGAGGGGUUGGGGUUUACAGAAUGCAAAAAAAACAACAACAAAACAACAACAAAAAAAAAAACGCUCCUGCAUCGAAUAGUGGCUGCUCGGUACAGGGACACUAAAGUACUAUCUAUAAAGAAAUUCGGCAGCACCCAUAUGACAAUAAUUGUCCACAGUGUAAUGCGUUUAGCAUUGAAUCAGCAUAGCUGCACAGCGGCAGAACCCAGAACGGCAGCCACCGUCGAUACGAGUUACGCAUGAGACGUGUGCUGCAGCGGUACUCCUCGUUCGCGAUUCCUUAAUUGAACACUGGGCGCCACCAAGCGUUGGCGUGGAAGGCGCUCAUGGUGGAGCGCCACGUACCCAGUGCAAUUCUGGCGCAGCGUGAUGAGGCGUCGAGUUGCUCUCCUUGAAGAAAGCCGUAUGACCUGGGCUCGAUUUCGCUCAGCAUUGCAAAAAAAUUAAA